GUACGCGCAAAAAAAAAAGUUCGAACCUGCAGCUGGUGGCGUUGCUUCCCCUUUGCCGCCGUAGCGCCGGCCAUGCUCACGGUGUCUCUCCUAGACGCGCAACUCGCUCGGUGCUCCUCCGCGCGCCAUCUCCUCCAGAUUCACGGCCAGUUCAUCGCCUCCGGCCUCCUCGCCGAUGCCUUCGCCGCCAGCCGCCUCCUCCUCUUCACCUCCGCCACCCGCCUCCUCCCGCUCCCCAUCCACCAUUCGUUCCGCCUCCUCCGACUCGUCCGCUGUCCCAACGCCUUCUCCUGCAACACGCUCCUCAAGGCGGCCCUGCUCGCCGGGACGCCGCACGUCUGCCUACCACUCUACACCUCCCUGCCAACGUCCCCCGACUCCUACACCCACCCCAUCCUCGCCGCCGCCUGCGCCGCCAGGAGGGACGUGAAUGAAGGCAGGCAGGUGCACUCACACGCUAUCAAGCACGGGUUCGGUGAUGAUUUGUACCUCAGGAACGGCCUGAUGCAUAUGUACUCUGUUUGCGGCUGCCUCUGGGACGCACGCAGGGUGUUUGACGCAGGUCCCGUGUGGGACGCUGUUUCGUGGAACACCAUCCUGGCUGCGUACGUGCAUGCUGGGGAUGUCGAUCAGGCGGUUGGGGUGUUCGCACGGAUGCCAAAGCGGAAUGCCACAGCGGUGAGCUCCAUGGUGUCAUUGUUUGGGAGGAGGGGUAUGGUGGACGAGGCAAGAGGGGUGUUUGACGAGGCCGAUUGCAGGGAUAUUUUCACGUGGACUGCCAUGAUUUCUUGCUUUGAGCGGAACAGCAUGUUUGCAGAGGCGUUGCACAUGUUCUCCUGCAUGCGUCGAGAGAUGUGGCCUGUGGACGAGGCGCUGAUGGUCAGCGUGGUGUCCGCUUGUGCACAGUCGGAGGUGAUUCGAAAUGGGGAACUAUGCCAUGGACUGGUUAUCAGGGCUGGCCUUUGUUCGCUGCUAAAUAUUCAGAAUGUGCUGAUCCACAUGUACUCAUGUUGCCUGGAUGUUGUUGCAGCAUGGAGGUUGUUUGACAGCGGUGACUGCUUGGACCAGUUCUCCUGGAACUCAAUGAUAGCAGGCUAUCUAAAGAAUGGUCAUGUCGAAAAUGCAAUGACAUUGUUCAAUGCAAUGUCUGACAAGGACAAUGUUUCUUGGAGUACAAUGAUUUCUGGUUGUGUGCAGAAUAACCAAUCGUCAGAUGCACUCGCUGUCUUCGAUAACAUGCGAGCCCAGGGAGUCAGGCCGGAUGAGGUUACUGUUGUUAGUGUUAUAUCUGCAUGCACUAAUCUGUCUGCUCUGGAGAAAGGAAAGUCGGUGCAUGAUUAUGUAAGGCAAAACAAAUGUUACAUCAGUCUUGUACUUGGGACUAGCCUCAUUGACAUGUACAUGAAGUGUGGAUACUUGGAAGCUGCAAUGGAUGUUUUCAACAUAAUGGAAGAAAAAGGAGCACCUUGCUGGAAUGCUGUAAUUGUGGGGUUGGCGAUGAACGGCCUUGUGACAAAAUCCCUUGAGAUGUUCUCAGAGAUGGAAGCAUCCGGCACUGCCAUCCCGAAUGAGAUAACUUUCAUCGGAGUUUUGAGUGCUUGCAGACAUGCUGGCCUAGUUGAGGAGGGCCGCCACUUCUUCAAGUUGAUGCAGCACAAGUACCGAAUUGUGCCAAACAUCAGACACUAUGGAUGCAUGGUUGAUCUUCUUGGACGUGCUGGAUAUGUUAAGGAGGCUGAGGAUCUGAUUGAGAGCAUGCCCAUGUUACCUGAUGUUCCAGCAUGGGGUGCAUUGCUUAGUGCCUGCUGGAAGCAUGGUGAAAAUGAGGUUGGAGAAAGGGUGGGCAGGAAGCUUGUCAAUCUGGAUCCUCGCCAUGACGGAUUUCACACUAUGUUAUCUAACAUAUAUGCUAAAGAGGGGAUGUGGCAAUCAGUAAAUGACCUAAGGGACUCCAUGAAGCAACGACAUGUCUCAAAAGUUUCAGGAUAUAGUGUCGUUGAAAUGUCUCAUUCUUGAGAUUCUAGCAGUUGAUCGCACCUCAGAUGAAAAUCUUAGAUAGGUCCAAGUUGAAGCCUUACAAGGUCAUGAAUGGAUCUUUACUUAUCUGCGAUUUGUGCUUCUGACUUUCUAUCAUCGUGUGUAUUUUGAUAAGCCUGUUGUUCACUUCAUGUUUCCUCUAUCUAUGCUUGCAGAUUCAAAUAAAAAAUUCACAUGGCAUCA